AUGUAUCGACGCGCUAUCCCAACAGCCAUACCUCACAACCCAACACAAUUGCUCAACAACAUACGUCGCAUGCCAAUGUCCUCACAGUCACCAGCAGAAACAUGGAAGGCACACGCUGCAAAAAUCCCAAAUCCACAGCAUUUCGCUGAAGAAUGGAUCUCCGCAUGGAACUCCCGUUCCAUCCCUCAAAUCCUCUCCCACUACAGCGACGAUAUCGAAUACUCGUCUCCACUAGUCGAAAGAGUGGUUAAGACGCCUGAUUCACGGUUUAGAGGGAUGGCGACACUGAAAGCCUAUGUGGAGGCCGGGCUGGAACUCAAUCCUGAUUUGCAUUUUACGUUGAGGAAUGUGUUUACGGGGGCGGGUGUGAUUGUAUUAGAGUAUGAGAAUACGAGGAAGCAGGUUGUUGCUGAGGUGUUUGAGUUUGGUGAGGGUGAGAAGGUUAGGAGAGUGACGUCCACGUAUCGAGAGGCCUAA